AUGGAUAAGCUGAGAUUCUGUGACGAGUUAGUCACCACUGAAGAGCAGAAGAUAUAUUACUACUACAACAUGUUGAGCGCUGAAUACCGGGAGUUCAUGACUCCCUCAAAGUAUGAAACCCUCACGGAAAUUAUCAACACCGCCCGGGAGCGGGAAAUCGAGUUGAAGAAACAAAUUGAGAGGGGCGAGCGAAGGGCACAGGAUGUGAAUCCAAGCCCUACAAAAAAGGCUUGGACAGCUGAAUCGACAAAGAAAACGGAUGCAAAGUGUGGGUCACCAAGUUGCAAAGUUUGUGAAAAGGGGCACAAGGGUGAGUGUCGUUUCAAGGACAAACCGUGUCCUAUAUGCGGGAAAACGGGGCACACGGCAUCUCUAUGUCCGGGUAAAGUCUCAGUUUGUUACAAAUGCUAUCAGCCUGGCCACAAAAAGUCUGAAUGUCCAGACUUAGUUGGAAAGAGAGACACUAAAGAAUCCCCAACAGAAGCUCCAAAGGCGAAGGCCAGGUCCUUCCAAUUUACAGCGGCUGAAGCGAAAACAGAACCCGAUGUGGUCUCAGAGGUUGAGAUAGGAGAUAACAAAAGUUUCAUAGUUUGUGAUGUCUGUCAAAGCUGCAAAUUAAGUAUCGAUGAUGAGGAAUACUUGAUAGGUCUAAUCCCGAUGUCGAUGGGAGAGUUUCAAGUAGUAGUCGGAAUGGAUUGGCUAUCUCGACACCACGCAAAGGUCAUUGUUUCCGUAAGGAGAUAA